AAGUAAAGUGUAAACAUUGAAUGGAUGCCGAAUUUAACCGCAGUGAGCAGUCAUUUGUGAAAAUAUGAAAAGUUACAAAACUAUCCAAAAUGACUAAGCUCAGGCAAUUUUUAAACUUAUCUUAUUGUAGAUAUUAUAGCGCCCAGCAAGCGAAGAAAAAAGUGCCCAUUAUUUCAUGCAAGCGACCCGAGUUCAACCACUAUGAAGGACAAACUUACGGAAAGUUUGAGGUUAUCAAUCUUGCCUCGAAAGGUUGGUUACAUGAUAAAUCCAAAGGCGAUUACUUUUCUAUUUACGGGAAUGCGAGUAAGAAAGACUUGGGUCCAGUGUUUAAGAAGAGUUUUGAAGAAAUAGGUUUGUCGGAAGAGUUACGUGAGGUUAUGACGCAUCAGGGGUAUAGUUUACCAACUGUAAUUCAGGCAAAAUCUUUUUCGCCCAUUAUACAAGGGUACAAUACGGCCAUUACAGCUGAGACAGGUUGCGGCAAAACGCUAGCUUAUAUGUUGCCAAUUCUGCAACAUAUAACGCAGUGGAAACCGCAUAUACAGGAAGAGUUUAACAGCCCAUUGGCUGUUGUUUUAACGCCUAGUAGAGAACUAGCAUCACAACUAGGCGAAGUGGCCACUAGCUUAGCGGAGACCCAAAACAUCAACGUCACCACACUGAUCGGAGGUAAAACAAAGAAGAAAAUACUGGAUCCUCCGAUCGAAUACUGCGAUGUUCUAGUCGCAACACUUGGUGCGUUCAGCAAACUCGUUACGACAGGCAUUUAUAAGAUACACAAUGUACAUCAUGUGGUUUUGGAUGAGGCUGAUACACUCUUGGAUGACACUUUUAUAGAUAAAUUGGCAGCUGUAUUGAAGAAGUUUAGGAUACAUUACAAGUGUGAAAUUAAGACCCCGCCCGAGGGUUGCCAGAUCACAUUAGUAAGUGCAACAUUGCCACAUGAGUUGCCAGAGUCUGUCAGUGCUUUUAUGGACCCACAGUCACUAAGGACAGUUACAACUAAUAAUAUUCAUAGAAUAUUGCCGCAUGUUCCUCAUAAAUUCCUUCGUCUCGGCAAAGCGCAAAAACCGGGCGAGUUAUUAAAACUCGUACAAGCAGAUAUGAAUAUGAAUCGCCAAGUGAUGAUCUUCUCAAAUAAAACAGCUACAUGUGACUUUGUAUCGAUGUUUCUGAACGAAAAUAACGUUGAAUGCUUGAAUAUUAAUGGAAGAAUGGCUGUGCCGUUAAAAGCAGGGAAUAUGGAUUUGUUUAAGUCGGGAAAAGUUCGAGUAAUUUCUAGCACGGAUGUUGCGUCCCGCGGUUUGGAUACAACUGGGGUUGGCCAUAUUAUCAACUACGAUUUCCCACUCUACACGUCUGACUACAUCCAUCGCUGCGGGCGUACUGGCCGGCUCGGUUCACCUUCAGACUGUACUAUCACGAACUUCAUAGCGUGGCCGCGAGAGAUACAGCUGGUGCAGAGGAUCGAAGAGGCAAUCAGACGGAAUAAAGAGCUGCCUAAUGUGAACGCUAAUAUAAAACGGCAGAUUGUGAAUAGGAUUGUUAAGAUGUCUGGUUCGAUGCAAUAAAGUUUUAGAUGGU